AAAUGUUAGCUAGUGUCAUCAUCAGCAUCGUUGUGAAGACGCACUUCUCUGAAGAAUGGGGAUAUUUCCAGAACUCGCCUCGUGGAGUUGCUGUGAGGUUUAGAUGCGGUAAGGCAGGUGUGGGCAAGAGCAGCUUACUUUUACGAUUUGCAGACAAUACCUUCUCAGGCAGCUACAUCACCACGAUUGGAGUGGACUUCAAGAUUCGGACUGUGGAGAUCAAUGGGGAGAAGGUGAAGCUGCAGAUCUGGGACACAGCAGGGCAGGAGCGCUUCCGCACCAUCACCUCCACGUAUUAUCGGGGGACCCAUGGGGUCAUUGUGGUUUACGACGUCACCAGUGCCGAGUCCUUUGUCAACGUCAAGCGGUGGCUUCAUGAAAUCAACCAGAACUGUGAUGAUGUGUGCCGAAUAUUAGUGGGCAAUAAGAACGAUGACCCUGAGCGGAAGGUGGUGGAGACAGAGGAUGCCUACAAAUUUGCAGGGCAGAUGGGGAUCCAGCUGUUUGAGACCAGUGCCAAGGAGAAUGUCAAUGUGGAAGAGAUGUUCAACUGCAUCACAGAGCUGGUUCUCCGAGCAAAGAAAGACAACUUGGCGAAACAGCAGCAGCAACAACAGAACGAUGUGGUGAAGCUCACGAAGAACAGUAAACGAAAGAAACGCUGCUGCUAAUGCCCCAGUCCACUGCAGAGACUGCACUGCGGUCCCUCCCCAGCCCGAGGCCCUCGGAGGCUCCUCGGGGGGACAAUCUCAGUUUAGUGCCGUUAUUUAAAGAAUUCUCUCCACGUUUUUGUAUUGGGAGGCGCCAUCGGCACUUCCUCCCUUUUCCCCCUCAGAGUGCCAAGAAGGUGUUGGAGGAGCCUGCCCUUCCCCACUGGUGCCCUCUCUGCUGAGGCGCCUGGACAUGGUGAGGACGCUGCCAGCCGAGCGACUGAUUAACGAGUUUGUACAUAGUGUAUAUUGCUUUAACCAGCUGCACACCUUCGGCCUGCUCUGGCUUUUGCCUCCUUACUGCCAACCUGCUGCAACAGACCCUCCCCAGCCCUCCUAGCCCAUCUCACCGCCAGCAGCGCCCUGAGGAGCCAAGUCUUUGAUCAUUCGGGGCCCAUGGAGUGUGUUCCACAUGGCUCAUUCUACCGUACAACUGCUCUGGGAGAUGGGAAACACAGCUUUGAUGCAGACCCUGCCCUCUGCUGGCCCCCAGCCUUCGGUUCCACAGAGGAAGUCAGUCCUGCCCUUUUGACCAACAUGUUUCUUGUCCUGCCUUCUAGAUGUCUCUGCUACAAAGCCAGGGGAGCCAUGCCUUUUUAACUUACCAAGCAUGUUUCAGUUCCAGCAGAAAGGGAGGGGUAUACUUGUUCAGAGAUGGAGCUUGGAGGAGAGAGCAUUAUUUUAACAUAGAAGACGAAGCCAAAUCAAAUGAAUUGAGUUCCUCACAAUUAUUUUAAGAUUUGACUGGCUCAGUAGCAGAAGUUGCAACUGUCUGACUUUGGGUUCAGUGCUUUUAGAAAAAGUGCAUGGCUUCCUAUCAUUGUGGAGCUAGGCUUCCCCUUAUCUUGGGAAGGAGGGGCCUUGCACCUCUGUUCCUGUGGGCCCAGAGCCUCCCACUGGAGUUAGUCUGCAGUGUAGCACCAGGCACCUCUGAUGCUGGGGCUGGAGCCAAGGGCUGCUGGACUAUGGAGAAACACCUCCAAGCUGGGAUGAGCAGCUUUGUAUUACUGACGGAACUGUUUUAGUAUGGAAGUGGUAGAUUUCUUAGCUGGUGGGAAGAAGUGGCAGUGGGGUGGAGGCAGCCAAUUUAGAGGCACCCCAAUCUCCUGGAGGUAAAAACCAGGGCAAUCUGCAUUUGAUUACUUCCCCCUUCCCCCAGGACACUUUGUUCCCUUUCCCCUAAAAGGAUCACGUAACUGGGAAGAACAGAUUUGGACAUCAUGAUGUGUUUUAUUAGAUUUCUUUUCCUAAGCGAUUUCCAGGCACAGUCCUGAUUGGACAAUCAUCACAGAUCACUGCAAUUUUCCAUGUUAACACUGUGGAUGGGUUUUUAAAUCAAUAAAACUGGGGGUUUCUUCUCA